UGCCACCUGUCAGUGUCCAUCCGUGCCACCUGUCAGUGCCCAUCAAUGCCACCUGCCAGUGCCCAUCAGUGCCACAUCACUGCCACAUAUCAGUGCCUACCAUCAGUCCCACCUAUCAGUGCCAGUCAGUGCCGCCUAUCAGUGCUGCCAAUCAGUGCCAGUCAGUGGCACCUAUCAGUGUGCAUCAGUGCCGCCUAUCAAUGCCCGUCAGUGCCACCUAACAGUGCCAGUCAGUGCCACCUAUCAGUGCCACCAAUCAGUGCUGCCAAUCAGUGUGCAUCAGUGUCGCCUAUCAGUGCCCAUCAGUGC